GCUUCAGCUUACUUCUGUUAAUAAGACAAUUAACUCCACUGCGGACUUCAUUCAUCUAUCAUCUAACAGCAACCUAAUCACCCCGUCUGUAUUUCCAUUACAGUUCAUAUCCUACGAUAACCAGCGCCAAUUGCAUCCUUGCAAGGUAUCGCACCAUGUCGUCGUCAAAGCUAUCCCACCAGGCGGCUCUUGCCCAAAUGCCCCUCACCGAGAAGCUCGCCUUCACUCCAAAGCUCCUCAGCGUCGUAACCCAAACAAUCCUUGCUCUCCUCGGCGCGCCCUUCCGAAACCGCUCCACAACGCCCUCCACAAUCAAGAGGCAUGUGAUGUACACUGCCGUCCGCGCCCUCGUCGACAGCCUCACCCCACACCAAAACCAAUACCGCGCACCACCCACCGACGACAUCUACGCCGCCUACUGCAAAAUCCACAAGCUGACCCCCGAGUCUGAGAUCCUCCAGGAUGGCACUCGUGCGCACUGGAUGGGCCCACGCAACGCCAAGAAGAUAAUCCUCUACCUACACGGCGGCGGCUACGUUCUCCCCGCCGAGCCCUACUCAUUCGCAUACCUCCAUAUCCUGCGCGAAUCCCUCCGCGACUCCGUCCCGGCCGAGGAGAUCCCCUCUGUCCUCUUCCUCUCCUACGACCUCGCUCCCGGUGCCCAGUUCCCGCGCCAGCUCAUUCAGGCCUCCGCGCUACUGACACACAUCCUCACGAACCUCCGUGUCGACCUAUCCUCCAUCAUCCUCGCCGGUGACUCCGCAGGUGGCAACCUCUCGCUUGCGCUGCUCUCGCACCUCGCGCACCCACAUCCGUCCGUACCAGCGGUCUCGCUCCCGGAAGGCGCGAAGUUCCUCGGCGCCAUCCUCAUCAGCCCGUGGGCCGACUUCUCCACCUCUAACCCCGGAUAUGCCCUUAACGAACGCAAGGACGAGUUGACGCCUGGGUUCCUAGUUAAGUGCUCGACGAGCUUCCUGGGUACGGCUCACCCUCACCCAGUGGAUGCCAACACGAACUACACGCAGCCUGCGCUGGCGGAGGCGGAGUGGUGGGAUGGGAUUCCAGUUGAUGAUAUUCUGAUCACUGGAGGUGAGGAUGAGAUUCUGAUUGAUGGAGUGAAGGCUGUUGCUGCGAGGUUGUCGAAGGGGAGGAAUUGUGUCCAACUGUUGGCGGCAAAGGACGAGGCGCAUGAGAUGCCGCUUCUGGCGACGAUGUUGGGUGAGCCAGAGUUGGGUGCUAGCGCGGAUAUGAUCAAGUCGUGGGUGAAGAGCCGGUUGUAAAUAGGGCGUGAGGCUGGAAGAGUUGUUUGAUCUGAUUUAACUAAGUAAGAGGAAGUAGGUAAUAGCGUGUUUUACUAGGUAUGAAUAGAAGCAGUUCAAUGAUGCCGCUAUGUAGCUUACUGCAACUACGGUGAUAUGCUUCAACCUCAAGCUAGGUUCGUACUUCUCGUCAUACUCCUUUUCGAAGACUUUGUUUUUGGCUCGAUAUGAAUUAUCAGACAUAUAGAUAUUUACAAAUCAGCUCUGGCUUCCUCUCCAG